AACCAUACCUACUUUACGAUACUUGCAACACCAAUUUACCAUGAAGUUGGUUACCAUCUACUAAAAACACACAUUUCAGCUUUAGUUUGUGUUUACGGUAUUUGUUGGUAACUAAUGGCAGACAAUUUUAUGUAAUUUCGUUCUUUUUAUUGAAAAUCGCGAAAUACGAAACACAUUCUUUUAUUGUAAUCGUAAAAUAAAAGAAGCAUUGAUGACAGUGAACAGUGGCGUUUAAAAUUGGGUGUCGCUUGUUAUAAAAUGAAAAGAAGUGAGUUUGCAGAUAUUUAGCGAUGUGUGUUUUAAUAAAAUUGAAUUGGUGGUGAUAUAAUAAAAUUAAUGGUGUUUUUUAUGUUAUUGGUGAAGUUUGUAAAGCAUAGUUCGAAUCAUAGGGUCUACAAACGAGCCGACGGAUUCUACCAUGGUCGUAAAACGUGCUGCGGACAGUGCGGACUCACCGAUACUGGAGGAGGCAGGAGAGAGUGGCUCGGAACAGAAGCCAAAACCUCUCGUCAAAUAUGGCGAACUCGUGAUACUAGGGUACAAUGGAUAUCUACCAGCCGGCGAGCGAGGACGAAGAAGAAGCAAAUUCGUUCUGUACAGAAGGCCUCAAGCAAAUGGCGUGAGACGUUCGAAGCACUACGUUGUGAAAACUCCUCAUAGCAGCAAAGCCAUACUCGAUGCCAGCCAACACUCCAUCUCGUACACCCUCAGUCGCAGUCAGGCGGUCAUCGUGGAAUAUACCGAAGACCCUGACACGGAUAUGUUUCAGAUCGGUAGGUCAUCGGAGCCCCCGAUCGACUUCGUCGUGAUGGACACGGUGGCCGGCGACAAAACUGGCGACACGAAGGUCCUUCAGAGCACGAUAUCGCGGUUCGCGUGUCGCAUUAUCGCCGACAGGAACGACGUAAACAACUGUCGCAUUUACGCAGCUGGCUUCGACUCUUCUCGAAAUAUUUUCCUAGGGGAGAAAGCAACGAAAUGGACAGAGAAUCACGAAAUAGACGGUUUGACAACUAACGGUGUACUAAUCAUGCACCCCCGCGGCGACUUCUGUGGCGGGAGUGCUACCUGCGGCCCGUGGCGCGAGACGUCCGUCGGAGGGGCUGUCUUCUCGCUGCGGGAGAGUCGCUCAGCACAACAAAAGGGCUUGCCGUGCCAGGCAGAAACAAAUGUACUCAGAGAUGGGACAAUGAUAGAUCUGUGUGGAGCCACAUUGUUGUGGAGGAGUGCCGAGGGACUGAAGAAUUCACCGACAAAACGCGAUUUAGAAGCUCUAGUGGACGAGUUGAACGCCGGCCGGCCUCAGUGCCCGGUCGGACUCAACACGCUGGUCAUUCCGCGGAAGCUGUCCACCGCGCACCAAGACCUCAACCAGCCCUACGUGUACCUCAACUGCGGACACGUGCAAGGGGAGCACUCGUGGGGCGCCGAGGGCAGCGAGACUGGGGUGCGGCGGUGCCCGAUGUGCUUGACGGCGGGCCCCGUGGUGCGCGUGUGCAUGGGCAUCGAGCCCGCCUUCUACGUGGACGCGGGACCGCCCACGUACGCCUUCAACCCGUGCGGACACAUGGCCUCCGAGAGAACCGUCAAGUACUGGGCCAACGUGGACAUCCCGCACGGGACCAACGGCUUCCACGCGAUCUGUCCGUUCUGCGCCGCGCCGCUGCAGGGCUCGCCCGGAUACGUCAGACUCAUAUUCCAGGACAAUCUCGAUUGAGACUUGCUAAUGGUUCAAGCUCGAAUCAACCAUUGUAAAUAGAGGGGAUGCAUACUGUAAAAUCGUCUGUAAGAAAACGUAGCCUAUAGACGCUUUGGGCCGAGGUUACCUAUGCAGCUGAAGCGAUUCGAACGAAACUCGCUAUCGCUCAUGAAACAAGGCCUCGGCCAAAUCUCAGAACGAUUAUAUUACACGUUAUGAAUUAGGUUAUGACUUCCCUCAGUAGUUUGAGGAUGCUUUCAUGACUUCACGAUGAUGUAACGCGCACGUCGACGACGGAAUCUCACUAAACGUGGCUUUCGGUUAUACUAAAUCACUAAAAUAUUCAACAGAUGGCGGUACUGUUUUAUAAAACAAACAAAAAAAUUAUAAGCUCACAUUAUACUGAACCCGUCUCUCAACUAUUACAAAUAUUUUGAUCUCGAAAUGUUUUGAUGAAUUAGAAUUAAAAUGUUUGUUUUAAAACAGUACAACAUCGGUACGACAAAUCAAUGUUAUGUAUUUCGUUAAUUGAACAAAAUACAUUACGUUAGUUAUAUAUAACAACAAAAGCGAAUUACUAACUCGACGAUUUAAUCUUUUAAACUGAUAAAAAUAAUAACUCUCAAUAAUCAACAUAUAUACAUAUUGUAUGUACUGGACAGAAUUCAAUUAUAACUAAUACCUUGAAAAUGUAAGAAGCAAACUAUGAUUUAAUAGGCAAAUAUUUCAAAUUGCCGUUUUAUUGAUGGGUUCGUGUUGAUGAAUGAAGCCUCGCUUGGUGACUUUGAGGUAGGAAAUGAAAUUGUUUAAAUUCAAUCAAACAUUGUUUCCUUAAUAAUUUUAUGGUUGUAAAAAAAAAAUGAUAUCUAAAAUAAAGGUGUCCGAAAUUAUAAUGGUCUCCUAAAGUCUAAAGAAAAUGUUAAAAAUUAAUUGAAAGCAUAAAAUAUGUACACCGUUUUUUAUGUAUGCAAUGAGCAGAUGUAAUGCGUAUUUUUUUGUCUUUUGGAAUGUUGAAAGUUAUACAUGUAAAUAUUUAAUAAUAAUCAUAAAAAAAAAACAAAUACUUUUAGCUAAGAUAUUAUUUAUAUCGGUAUUUCUGUGGCGGUUUCGAACGCUUUCUAGAAACAGAGAGCCUAUGUAGUUUGUAAGUGAAGCGUUAUUAUUAUGUAUUGAUGUGUGUGAGUUUUGUGUGAUAAAGUUGCAUCAUACACACAUUCAUAUAUUAUUAUGAUGUGCAUAGCUUGAAGAUUCAUUCUUAACUUUAUUUCGGCACAUUUGUUUUUAAUGGUCUGUUUGUCUUCUACAAGUGAACACGAGGCUUAAAAAGAGUUGGGUUUUUUUAUGAAUUUGAUAUUUAAUUUCGGUAUCUUACUAGCCGAUCUAUUUACUGCACAAAAAUAAUAAACUUUUUUUUUUUAGUAGUACUGUUAACAAUAUUUGCACGUUAAUCUGAGUGCUCACACCUAAUGAAUUAGCUGGGAAAGACAUAUAUAUAUAUACCUAUAAAUGUUUUAAUUCAGUCAUUUUAUUGUAGUUACACAUCUAAGCAAGUAAUAAAAAUUGUAUUACCCUGUAUCACAUAUUCCUAAGUCAUAGUACAAAAAAUAUGUUUAUGUAAGUUUGUUUAUGUACUGACUUAAUAGUAAGAACGAAUCGAAUAAUGGUCGUGAUAAGAAUAGUUUUUUUUUAAAUAUUUGUUCUAUAAAAUUGCACUCAAAUUUAAAUUUCAAAACUAUUUCAACAAGUGGCUGAUUAGCAUGCAACCUUGUGCCUGUAUUGAAAAAAAAUGACCUUCUUGAUACCCAUAGAGACGUACGAAUUAAGACCCUAUUUAAUUUAGCCGCGUAAAGUGGUAUUGAUUAACACUAAUUAAAAAUAACUCGACAUAGAUGCAUAAUGUCGGACACUUAUGUAUGUAUGUCCUAAUCUACUGUAGCACUCGAUAAUGCCACCAUUAUAACAUAUAAUUUUUUGAAAUAGUACUAAAACUACAAUAUUCAAAAUUGAAUACGAAUAAUGAUGAUGUCGCAAAAUGUAGAUCCGACGUUAUGGUUCUGAUAUCGAGAGCUGCUUUAUUUUUUUUUCGUUCGUAAAUGUUUGCAUGUAAAGAGUUAGAGGCUCGUAGUAGGCUGGACCUGUAUGCUUAGUGUGAGUUUUUUAACGUUCUCGAUAGCGUAAAAGUUAGCUCACAUUUGUUUGCAGUUGGAACAGCGCCCCUAGCGGCAAACGUAGGCAAAUUUGCAUACAAAUUUGAGUUAACUUCUACGUUAUCGAAAACGUUAAAAAACUCUCACUAAGCACACUGUAGGCUUCGAUCUCGGGGUUUAUGUACGUGAUCAAAUCGAAAUAAAAGCAUUUAGGAAACUGAGUUUAAAGACUAAACUCGAAUUUCAAGGAUAUUUGUUAUUAAUAAUAAAAUCGAUUAGUAUUUGGUGUCCUAAAACGAAAUGUAAAUAAAGUAAGUUUUAUAGGCGUAGUGGUUAGCUUACGAAAGGUAAAAUUUAGUUUUUUAUACUAUUCGAGUUUCACCGUUUAGUCGAUUUAACAUAAAAAAAAACAUUUUUAGUGAUUUCUUUUUGAAUGGAAAAAAAUUGUAACACUUUUUGUUUUUCCUUACUAUGACCUGUUUUUCUGAUGGAAAAGUUUUCAAGCGUUCGGCUCAAACUGGUCGCAUGGAUUAAUUCCUAUUAGUUCCCGUUCAAUUAUCGAUAUAAAACCUUGAAACGGGUCGAUUGUGAAUUUAUUUUCGUAUUUUAUUUAUUGCGCUAAACUAUGCGGCGAGCUCGUGGCCGACUUGGUUACCUUGUAACCAGAAGCUUGUAGACAUCAGAACAUGAAAUCGAAGAAUCAAAGUUCCGCCCUCGAACCGGAGCAAAAGGAGGGACUGCGGCACCCGCUCGCGCGUACUCGCAAUACGCUUCUUACUGCUAAUAAAAAGUGCAUUAUUCAAAUCUUGUGAUUCUUUGUUUUACGACGCGAUUAUGGACUGUUUAAUUAAUUAAUUCACCUAUUACGAUGAUUGAAUGUUUAUCAUUAGUUUUGAUUAGAAACUGAGAUUUAUGUGGACAAUGUAGUUACGCUUAUAAUUAAUUAUGUAGCGUCUUUGCGCUUUGAGCUAACAUUGUGAUAACCUAAUGUAUGCUGCAUACAAUGAAACAACAGAAAUAGCUGUCGUUUUGUGUGUACAUACCAAAAUGUCCAGCAGUAUUGAAAUCUGUUUGUAAUGUGCGUUUGCAAUGUUACGUUUAAAGCGCAAAUGAUCGAUUUUAAAACUUAUUAUUACGGUAAUAAGAACUGAUUGCUAGCCUUAAUUUUAUUUAUAAUACCUAUGUGCUAGGAUAAUAAAUUGCUCCUUUGAGUUAGAAAAUUCA